AUGCCGCCGUCUCGUCACAGCGCCCAUCCGGCGCACCACCCGCACCCUAACGCGCGCGGCCCGCACCACGGCCCGGGCAUCAAUGGUCCUCUGCCCCCCAAUGGGGCAAACAGCAGCGGCGGCGGAGGCGGUGGAGGAGCCGGCCCCAACGGUCCACCCAUGCAUCCUCACAGCAACGCCUAUGGACAUUCCAUGCCUCCGCCCGAUCUGCCUCCGCAUGCCAUGAACGGCGCCGGCGGGCCACCUCCCAGGAUGAUGAUGGGCGCAGACGGACCCAUGCCACCCGCCCCUCCCCCGCACAUCCCUCGCUCGUCGUCGGCGGCGAGCCACCACAUGAUGGAUGUUGGCGGGCCCAACGGCGGCGCUGCUGGCGGCGGCCCGGCCGUCGGCGUUUCUGCCUCGGCCGCCGUGCAGAAGCUGACGCAGGCCAACGAGCAGACGUGGAUCUCUAUCGGAACCGCUGCAGAGACGAUGGAAGACUUCGAACGCGCCCUGUCGGCCUACGAGUCUGCGCUGCGGCACAACCCGUACUCGGUGCCCGCGCUCAGCGCCAUUGCCGGCGUCCACCGCACCCUCGACAACUUUGAGAAGGCGGUCGACUACUUCCAGCGCGUCCUCAAUAUUGUCCCCGAAAACGGCGACACCUGGGGCUCGAUGGGCCACUGCUACCUGAUGAUGGACGACCUGCAGCGGGCCUACACCGCCUAUCAGCAGGCGCUCUACCACCUGCCCAACCCAAAGGAACCCAAGCUGUGGUACGGCAUCGGCAUCCUGUAUGACCGGUACGGUAGCCUCGAGCACGCCGAGGAGGCGUUUGCGAGCGUCGUCCGCAUGGAUCCCAACUACGAAAAGGCGAACGAGAUCUACUUCCGCCUCGGAAUCAUCUACAAGCAGCAGAACAAGUUCGCGGCCAGUCUCGAGUGCUUCCGAUACAUUCUGACGAAUCCGCCUCGGCCCCUGACGGAGAUCGACAUCUGGUUCCAGAUCGGCCAUGUCUACGAGCAGCAGAAGGACUUCGCCCUUGCCAAAGAGGCGUACGAGAGGGUCCUUGCCGAGAACCCGGCGCACGCCAAGGUGCUGCAACAGCUCGGCUGGCUCUACCACCAGUCCAACGCCGGCUUCAACAACCAGGAGCGGGCGAUCCAGUUCCUCACCCAGAGCCUCGAGUCGGACCCCAACGACGCGCAGAGCUGGUACCUGCUUGGCCGCGCCUACAUGGCCGGUCAGAACUACAACAAGGCGUACGAGGCGUACCAGCAGGCCGUGUACCGCGACGGCAAGAACCCCACCUUUUGGUGUUCGAUCGGCGUCCUCUACUACCAGAUCAACCAGUUCCGCGACGCCCUCGACGCCUACUCGCGCGCCAUCCGCCUCAACCCAUUCAUCUCCGAGGUCUGGUUCGACCUGGGCAGCCUGUACGAGUCGUGCAACAACCAGAUCUCGGACGCCAUCGACGCCUACGCCCGGGCCGCCGAGCUGGACCCGGACAACCCGCACAUUCAGCAGCGCCUGGUGCUGCUGCGCAACGCCGAGGCAAAGGGCGAGCAGGUCCCCUCUGCGCCGAUGCCGCAGGACGUCCACCCCACGGCCUACGCCAACAACAACGGAAUGCCUCCUGGUCCACCCGCCCAGAUCGGCGGCGACGUCGGCGACCGCGAACUGCCAGGGCCGGGACAUCUUCAGCCGCAGCAGCAGGGUCACUCGCCGCCGUUCCGCGGCGGACCUCCACCGAUCCCCAACAUCGACGAGCGGGGAACCCGUGGCCCUGCCCACACCCCGCUCGCGCCGAUGAACACUGGCCAAGGCGGUCCGCCAGGAGGACCGCCAGGACUUGGACCGGGAGGCGAACCCCUCCACCGAGGCGGCGCCUAUCCGCCCCAUCCGCAGUCGCGCGGACCGUCGCCUGCGCCGCGUGCCGACAUGUACGGCCGCAGAAUGGGCUCUCCGCCCCGUCAGACGCCGCCGUUUGGGCCGCCCGGCGCCAUGCGGCCCGACCUGCACGACGGCCACGACUUCCGAGGCGGUCCGCACGGAGGACCACCGCCACCCUCGGGGCCUCCUGUCGACCACUAUGGCCGCCCGCUUGCGGGCCCCGCUGCCGAGCGCGAGCGCGAGAGGGAGAGGGAGAUGGAGUGGGAGCGGGAGCGAGACCGCGAACGAGAACGGGCGGCCAGGCAGUAUCCCGGCAGCGGUCGCGCCACGCCCAAAAUCGAGCCUGGCUACCCUCGCUCGCAGCACGGCAGCAACGCACCCUCACCGGCCUUUAGCCGGCCCGGCGCCUACCCGCGCGAAGACCCGCGCGAGUACUACGGCAACGGCGGGGGCGGCUACGAUCGGGCGAGGAUGGACGAGGGCCGACCGCCGUACGAGCACGAGCGAGGCUACGGACGUCACCACGACCACCCCAUGGCCGAGCGCUACGAAGGCGGAGGCGGGCCCCGCCAGCACCCUCCUGCCGACCUGCGCGGCCCGACGCCGGAGCGAGACCGCAUGCGUGGCGAGUACCCGCCGUCCGCGCACCCUGCAUUCGGCCCUGCUGGAGGUGCCGGACCUCCUCCGCCGCCGCCGCCCGCGUCUGAUGGCGUCGGCGAUGCCAUGGCCGCCGGAGGCCGACCUCCGGCAAAAGGCGGCCGUCGAGGCCACAAGUUCAAGGACGAUGGCGAUGUGGCAAGCGGGCCGGCAUCGCCAGCACCAUCUGCCGCCGCUGCCCGCAAGAAGAAGGAGGCUGGAGGUGCCGGCGGGCCAUCGUCUCGUGCGAGCUCGCCGUGGGGUGGCAGACCGAACGCCCCCGCCUCGGCGUCGGUCGGCGCAGACUACGAUGAAGGCGCGGCCGACGCCCUCAUGGGCCUGGCCGGCGCUGCUUCGGCCUCGGCCUCGAUGCCAGCCCCCUCGGCACCGCAGCAGCCGCGCGAGUCGCAGCAGCCAUCGCCGAGAGGACACGAGUCGGGACAAGCGUGGGACGGCCCGCCCAGCGGACGUUCGAGCCCGCGCAAGGCAUCGGACUCCGACGCACCCUAUCCGCCUCGUGCGCGCGCCGAGAGCGCGUUGGGCAAGCGGCCCUACGACGAGGGCGAGUCGGCCGGCUCCCUCGAGGAAUCGACCAAGCGGGCCAGGAACGGCGCCAGCCCCGGCGGCGCCGGGCCCGGCCGAUCCGAAGAUUCGGUGGAUGCCCCACCGCGGCCCGACGCGCGCCCGUCGUCGCCUCUGAAGCCGCGCAACGGCGCCCACGAGGCCGAGGACGCCGAGAUGGGCGUCAAGUCGCCGCCGCCGCCGCCGCCGACGGCGAGCCACCGUGCACCGAGCCGGUCGCCUUCCAAGGACAGCGCGCCUUCGCCGACCAAGGCCGAGUCGCGUGGCACGCCGCCCAAGCCCCAGCCCGAGGCCGACUCUGGCGCCGACGAGUCGCGCCGCGACAUGGACGUCGACGAGCCCGCCAGCGGCGGCGCCGCGGGGCCAAAGGAAGGGGCCGGCGGCGGCGAUGAUGGUGCAGCGGCCAAGCCCGCAAAGGUCGCCGAGGUCGAGGAGGGCGAGGCCGACAACGAGGAGGAAGGCCAGAUAUCCGAGACCGGCGACGAUGCGGCGGCCAGCGGCAAACCCAAGGCCGAUGGUGCGGGCGAUGCCAAGUAG